CAAACCCACAAUGACAUUUGUUCAUACUUAUUCUCUCUCCUAUAAAAACCCACCUAAACCCCAACAAAAAUUAAUCUCUCCAUCUCCUCAAUCGCACAUCCAGAAACUAGCAGAGCAACAAUGGCGGGCGUAGAAGUAAGCAACAAACAAGUAAUCUUCAAAGACUAUGUUGUCGGGUUUCCAAAAGAAUCAGACAUGGAGUUCAAAACUUCCAAAAUAAUCCUGAAAGUUCCAGAAGAUUCUAAUGGGAUUCUUCUUAAGAAUCUCUACCUGUCUUGUGAUCCCUACAUGCGGAGUCGUAUGGCCAAGCAUGAUCGCCCCACUUAUGUUGAAUCUUUCCUUCCUGGAUCGCCCAUAACGGGGUAUGGAGUGUCCAAAGUUCUGGAUUCCCGACAUCCAAACUUCAAAGUAGGCGACCUUUUAUGGGGAAUAACUGGAUGGGAAGAAUAUAGCCUUGUUACAUCUCCACAACAUUUCUUUAAAAUAGAGCAUACAGAUGUUCCUCUUUCCUACUAUACUGGGAUUCUUGGUAUGGCUGGCAUGACAGCCUAUGCUGGUUUUUACGAGGUUGGAGCUCCUAAGAAAGGAGAUCGUGUCUUUGUCUCUGCGGCUUCUGGUGCUGUCGGUCAACUGGUUGGACAACUUGCAAAACUGACUGGUUGCUACGUUGUUGGAAGUGCUGGUAGCAAAGAAAAGGUUGAUUUGUUGAAAAACAAAUUUGGAUAUGACGAAGCCUUCAAUUACAAGGAAGAGGAAGACCUGGAUGCGGCCUUGAGGAGGUAUUUCCCGGAGGGCAUAGACAUAUAUUUUGAAAAUGUUGGAGGGAAGAUGCUUGAAGCUGUUCUAUCAAACAUGAGACUCCAUGGCCGAAUCCCUACCUGCGGAAUGAUCUCACAGUACAAUCUCGAACAACCCGAGGGCGUUCACAAUUUGUUUAAUCUUAUCUCCAAACGAAUCCGUAUGGAAGGAUUUUUAGUUGGUGACUACUAUCAUCUUUACCCUAAAUACCUGGAAAUGAUACUACCACACAUCAGGGAGGGCAAGAUUUCAUAUGUUGAAGACGUUGCUGAAGGGUUAGAAAGCGCUCCUUCAGCCUUGAUAGGGAUCUAUUCUGGUCGUAAUGUUGGGAAGCAACUUGUAGCAGUUGCUCGCGACUAAACUCUAGUUAUCGAAGAAGUGUUAAUUUGCUGUGUUUACCAUGAACUGAUCAUGGGUGUUAGUACCAUAUAUAUGUUUUAAUAAUGUCAAUCAGAUUUUACAUUAUACUUUUAAGAGAUUACUGUAUUUUCAGAAGUGAGUUUUGACGAUCUACUCAUAGUGUGUAAUCGAUCAUUGUAUACGACACGAAAAAUUGAGUUUCCAAUUUUGUAAAGUGUUCAUGAUUUCAGUGGGAGAAUGGACAGUUGGAGUUCUGUGUUUCGAAUGUUA